AUGACCGCGAUCUCAAGUAAAUCUUGUGCUUUAUUGGAUGCAGCUCCUUCUCUGGAUCCUGAAAGCCACCUGUUCCUUAAAUGGUCAUUCUUGGUCUCGAAUGGAACUUUGCGAGGAUGGCCAAGGAGGCUGUUUGACCGGCGUAACAGUCCUUAUCGGGCACAACAUAAACAAGCCCCUCACGUCUACAUGCUCUUCUUGCUCUUCUGCUGUUCGCCCCCACUCUUCUGGCUGCUGUCUCAAACACAGCUUCCAUCCCCUAGAACCUUCCUUCACGUGGUUGAACAAGUCGAAAUGUCACCCUCAUCUUUGCCUCCACACCACAAAGUCAUAACAGCCUGA